UCCACUUAAAAAAAACGGAGUUGGUCUCCAUUUUAUCACAUUCCUCUUACUUCCUUUUCCAUCAUCUAGUGAUAAAAUAUAGAAUACCAAGUUUGUUGUUAUAAUUAUACAAUUAAGCUUUCAAGCAAUCAUCAAUGGGUUCACUUGCUACAAACAACAGUUGGAAGUUCACUACUAUUGCCACUGCCUGUAGGAAGUUUGGUGAUCUCAACUGUUCAGCAAGGUCUGUGCCCCCUAUAUUGUGCUAUGGUUUCAAAGCCAAUGUAAGGGCAUUUGCAAGUCAGAAGCCGGUUAAGAAAUCAAGAAAAAAAGGGAAAACAGAGAGAACGGAUGCUGCAAUACCCGAUAAGUAUCUCUUAAGUGAUGAUGUUAAUCCAAAUUUUUUUGAAGAUAGCAAGAAUAAAUCCCCUCUUGACAAUUCCAAGGCUGAGACUGCUUUGCGAAUGAUCCCAUCUAGAGGUUCUGUGCUGCAGGCAUGCGUAAUCACCUCUGGUUUAAUAGGUCUUGUAGGUGUUGUAAUUAGAGAGGUUUCUCAUGUUGCAUCAGCAGGAGGAUUGCCAAUUGCUGACUGUUCUGUUGAAAUACCAUUGAGUUUCCAGAUGUGGCAUCUUGAGUUGAUUACUGGAUUGGUCAUACUGGUAUCCUCUUGUCGGUACUUAUUGCUGAAGAUAUGGCCAGAUUUUGCCGAGUCUAGUGAAGCAGCAAAUAGCCAGGUCUUGAGUUCACUUGAACCUUUGGAUUACAUAGUGGUAUCACUUCUUCCAGGCAUUAGUGAGGAGCUUCUUUUCCGUGGUGCACUGCUACCACUUUUUGGCAUCAAUUGGCAGAGUGUCGUGGCAGCUGCUUCCAUAUUUGGGAUAUUACACUUGGGAAGUGGUCGGAAAUACUCCUUUGCUGUCUGGGCCACAUUUGUUGGAAUUGCGUACGGCUAUGCUACAAUUUUAUCAUCGACUGUUGUUGUGCCAAUGGCUGCCCAUGCUCUAAAUAAUCUACUAGGAGGCAUCAUAUGGUGCUACACAUCAAAUUCGUCAAAAUAGAUUGCUUGAAGUAAUAUCUAUAAAAGGAUUACGAAGGGUAUCUGCAACUCUGGAGUAAACACUUGAAAGCUGUCUUCAGAGUCUAUGAAAAUUAACACUGCAUUGAUCAAAGGCCAUAUACGGCAAGACAUGAUUUUCUUUUCUGAAACUCCAGAAGUUCCUUUCAUUAAUUUACCUUUUUUCCUGCUGUUCUUUCAUUAUUAACAAUUUUCUGAAGUAGAAAUACUACUUAUAUGUGUUCUUAAUUGAUCUUAGUACCAUGUAUAUGUUAUGACUAAAUAGUUCCUUAAUUCAUUAAAAAAUUAAUUGCUGAUGUGAAA